AUGGGUCGCAAAAUUCCAGCUAAGAAACAUCGAGGAGUUAAAGAUCCCGCUGUGCAACAAGCCAGGAGGUUACAGAGUUUGAAGGGAAAAAUAAAUGCUCCGCCAAAAGAUCCAGAUGAGCAACCAGUUCCACGUUCUCUUACACAACUGUUUGCAUUUGAAAAUAAAGACCAAAAGACGAAAAAGAAAAAAAUAAACAAAAAUAGUUCUUAUAAAGAUGGUAUAAAAGAUACAAGUGCAACACACAAUCCUAUUGCUCGCUUAAAGAAAUUACCUGGAGAGUCAGGUCGUGGCUUCUCAUUGCGUAUUAAUAGUGCUAUAAGAGCUUUAAAUGAUCCUAUGGAACAAUUGGACUAUCCUGAAGAUGUAGAUGUUGAUGAUGUAAAGGGUGAGCGUAUCGCAGCACAGCGGGAACGACGCCAGCGGAAACACAAGAAGGCAAAUAAACAUGCACCACCAGGAGAACCUAAAAUUGGCCGUGCAAAGAAACUGGCCUUAAAGAAACAAGAGAAGAAAAAUAAAGCUGCUGAGGAGGCGUCGCGCGCGGAGGUGGUGUACGAGCGCGUGGGUUUCGGCGAGGUGACGCACGCGCCGCCCGCGCUGCCCGUGCGCCCGCGCCGCGCCGCCGCCGCUGACGGUGCGCCUCGGCCGGGGCGGCGCGAUCUGCUGCUGACGGCGAUGCUGCGCGCGGGCGGCGCGGGGGCGGGGGCGGCGGCGGGCGCGGGCGUGGGUGCGGCCGAGCGCAUGCGGCGCGAGCGCGCGCGCCUCGACGUGGUGGCCGCCUACCGCGCGCUCAAGAAGGAGCGCCGCGCCGCCCGCCGC